AUGGAUACCAUGGCCCAGGCUCUCUCGCUCGACCACAACUCGACCAAGAAUAGUCCUACUCCGCGUGGCCACUUCCAAGAGCCUACAGUUACCGGCGGCCAGAUUCAGACGUUUGACCUCGGUCAGUCAGUGGUAUACAUAGACGAUACAGGCGAGCCUUCCUUCCCCAGUGUUCUGCCACAACAGCCUACAAUGCUUCAACAGACUUCCAAACUCUUCUCGCCCAUUGCUGUUGGCUCGCUUGACCUUCAGAACCGGGUCGUAAUGGCACCUAUGACCCGUGGCCGGGCCAAUGCAGUAGGAGGUGUCAUUGCGGACUACACGUACGAGUAUUAUGCCCAGUGA